AAUUAUUUCUGUAAAAUUAGUAUGGAAAAAUACUUUACAGGGUAAUCAAACUUAAAGAGCUCAGAGGACCUCCCUCUAGCCUCAGGUUCAAAGUACAGCAAACAAAGAUAAACACUCUAGUAAAAGGUACAUUUACAAGUUGAGAAAACAAAGGAAAACUAACACGCCUUGCCUGGCUAUUUACUUACAAAUUUGAAAUAGGAGAGACUUGUUUAGAAAGAUGUGGAGAACCUGGAUUGAUGUCUGGUCCCUCUCAGUCCCAAGAGCGAACAACAACCCAAACAAAGAGCACAAACAAAAGCCUUCCCCUCACCAAGAUUUGGAAGUAUCUUGUCCCCUUAUUGGUUCUUUGGGUCAGAUGCCAGCCAGGUUACCUGACCUUCUUAACCCUUUACAGGGAAAAGGAUUUUGGAGUCUCUGGCCAGGAGGGAUUUUCUAGUACUGUAGACAGGACAGCUGUUACCCUUCCCUUUAUAGUUAUGACAGACGCGCUGAGCACCUUUCCCCGACGUGAAGAAGACCCUGUGUGGCUCCAAAGCUGGUCCAGUAACAGUUCCAGGAUGGACGUACUGAGGAGGAUUCUCAGGAGAAAGGCUCCGCAGGUGGCCCUGGAGCCAGAGGGGGGCAGCUGCCAGCAUCCCCAGACAGAGAGCCGCCCCUCCAUCCCCAUGGCAUGGGAAGCAGCUCCUGGCCACCCCAGGAGAUGGACCUGCUCGGCCUUGCUCACCAGGAGGAAACCAGCUCCCUGGGCUGGUGCCGAGAGGAGAGAGACGACAUCCAGGCCAAGAUGGAGGUGGCCCAAGUUCAGUCUGGGCAGGCAGGACACAGCCCACGGGAGGAACCAGGCAAGGCAGCUCUGGGUUUGCUUCUGCUGGAAGGCCAGCCCUCAGCCCAGCUGCGUGGGCCAGCAGGAGGCAUCCCCAGGGCAGGAGCUGGGGGAUCGCUGCCCCAGCAGCUCAACUGGUGCCGGAGGGGAGAGCAGCCGCUCCCUGGAGGCUCCCUGCAACACGGAGGCCGAGUACUCCUCCACUGCAGCAAGAGUCACCCUCUGCCCUUGUCUCUCUGACGCAGAGAUCCCCACGGACCAGUCAGAGAAGAAGGACCUUGCCCCUGAGGAAAAGGCAGAGGAGGAUGAAGAUCGGGCCACAGAAGGAGAGGAAGAGGAGGAAGACCUAGAGACAGAGGAGGAGGAGAAGCAGGAAGAGGAAGUCCUGACCACAGAAAAAGAGGAGGAGGUGGAGGACCUAGCCAUAAAAGAGGGGGAGGACAUGACCACAGAGGAGGAGGAAGACCUGGACACAGUGGAGGAGGAGGAGGAGAACCUGUCUGCAGAAUGAGAAGAAGAGGAGGAGGAGGAGAACCUGUCUGCAGAAGAGAAAGAAGAGGAGGAGGAGAACAUGUCUGCAGAAGAGGAGGAAGAGGAGGAGGAGAACCUGUCUGCAGAGGAGGUGGAGAAUUUGUCAGCAGAAGAG